CGCUCGGUUCUGAUUGGCCAGAGCGUGCGUCAGUCAGGGGGCUCGGUGCCCGCAGGCGGAAGCGGCGCGCCCAGGAGCGGGCACUCAGGAGCGGCUGUUGAUGGAAGAGCCCAGGAGCGAGUGCCGAGGCAGCGGGGCCGCGACAGCCGUGGCCGGGGCAGCCUGAGCUGUGGCCUGGGCAGUGAGAGCACUGCCUGGGCAGCCAGAGCCGUGGCCAGAGCAGUGAGAGCACUGCCUGGGCAGCCAGAGCCGUGGNGCAGUGAGAGCACUGCCUGGGCAGCCAGAGCCGUGGCCAGAGCAGUGAGAGCACUGCCUGGGCAGCCAGAGCCGUGGUCAUGGCAGGGUUCCUGGACAAUUUCCGCUGGCCCGAGUGCGAGUGCAUCGACUGGAGCGAGCGCCGCAACGCCAUCGCCUCCAUCGUGGCCGGGGUGCUGUUUUUCACAGGCUGGUGGAUCAUGAUCGAUGCUGCCGUGGUUUAUCCCAAGCCGGAGCAGCUGAACCACGCCUUCCACACCUGCGGGGUCUUCUCCACGCUGGCCUUCUUCAUGAUAAAUGCUGUAUCAAAUGCACAGGUGAGAGGAGACAGCUACAGUGAUGGAUGCUUAGGAAGAACAGGGGCUCGCAUCUGGCUCUUCAUCGGAUUCAUGUUGAUGUUUGGAUCCCUCAUUGCUUCCAUGUGGAUUCUCUUUGGAGCUUAUGUCACACAGAACACUAAUGUGUACCCUGGAUUAGCAGUGUUUUUCCAGAAUGCAUUAAUAUUUUUCAGCACUCUGAUCUACAAGUUUGGGAGAACAGAAGAGCUGUGGGGCUGAGCUCACUGCUGGCCUGUGCUUAGCAUAGCUGCCACGUGGUUCUUGUACGUAGAUAACUCACAGUCCUUUGUCCUUGGUUUGCUUCCCAAACUGGUGGAACUGAGACAAUUCCAGGCUCUGUCCGAAGCUCCUCUUUUCCCAGGACACACUUGUGAAUAUGUACAUAGGACUGGAUCUAUCAUUUCAAAGGGAAUGGCAGGCUUUCCUGCUGACAUCUCCAGGCUUUCUCCUUCAAAUCCAUGGCUUUCCAUCUUCCACACCUCCCCGUGUCCCAGG